AAAAAAAUCAACCAAAAAAUAAAAAUCAAAAUGAGACGCUCUCAGGACCUUAACGUUACUAGACUAAGCACCGCAACCCUCCGUCCCUCCGAGCCUACUGAGAGGAGGUACAUGUUCCUGUCAAACAUAGACCAAGUCUUAAACUUUAGUGUUGAGACUGUUCAUUUCUUCAAUGCCAAUGCUGAACAUCCGAUCGAGUCGGUCAUCGCUACAUUGCGAUCGGCGGUGGAGAGAGUGCUCGUGCCGUACGAUUUUCUUGCGGGAAGGCUGAGGCUGGAUGAGAGUAAGGGGAGGUUGGAGAUUGACUGCAAUGCAGCCGGAGUUACGUUUGUUGUGGCUAAGUGUGAGCUCGAAUUGGCUGAGUUGGGUGAUCUCGAGUACCCAAACCCGGCGUUUCGACAGCUGGUGACUAUGACGGAGGCCGCCAGUGGUCGUGGACUGGAGGACCGGCUGCUCUGUGCUUUUCAGACUACAGAGGGAGUUUUGCGCAAUCCAUUUAUCAUGCCAGAAACUACCAGCUUUGCCGUCCCCGAUGUUCCACUUAAUCAGGUUGAAGAAGGUAACAUCAUUCAAAUGCGGCGGCUCGCCGCCCUCGCCUUCAACAGACCCCUGCCCUUCCCCCCUUUGAACGACCGCCGUCUCCUAGCCGCCCGAUCUCCACCGCGUGUCACGUUCUCGCACCCCGAGUUCCUCAAGCUAGAGACGCUCCCCACUCCUCAUACCACAAUGCUCGACCCCCUUGAGGAGACCCUAGAGUUCAAGCUCUUUCACCUCGACACCAACAACAUUUCGACCCUCAAAGAGAAGGCCAAAAUGAAUCGCGGCGAAGAACUGGAUCCCCGCGCGGUAACCAGCUUCAAUGUCGUUAUCGCGCAUUUAUGGCGCUGCAAAGCAUUGGCGACAAACGAAGCUCACGACGUUAACAAAGUAUCAACUGUCCUUUACGCUGUAGAUAUCAGGAGGAGGUUCGAUCCUCCUCUCCCAGUAUCCUACACGGGGAACGCAGUGUCAAGCGCGUAUGCUAGGGCGACUUGUUACGAGCUCGCAAAUAGCUCGUUGUCGCGAAUUGUCGGGAUGGUUAGAGAGGGAGCGACUAGGAUGACCGACGAAUAUAUUCGAUCAGUAAUCGACUGGGGGGAGUUGUAUAAAGGGUUUCCUUACGGCGAUGUGUUUGUGACUUCUUGGUGGAAAUUAGGGUUUGCGGAGGUUGAGUAUCCAUGGGGGAAGCCGAUAUAUUCGUGUCCCGUGACGCAUCCGUGCAGAGAUAUUGUGUUGCUUUUCCCACGCAUAGAAGGUGCAGAUAAAGGGGUGAAUGUGCUGAUUUCACUUCCGAAGGGUGACAUGGAAAAAUUUGAGAGAUUGUUUUAUAAGCUUUUGGAUGAAAUGUAGUCUGAGAUUUGAUCAUGAUAUAUACUAUGAAAUAAGAUACAAUAAGAAGUAUGUGUAUAAUUUGUGUGAGCUAGUAAUAUCCUUUUUAUUUAUAUAUUCA